AUGGAAAGCCAUUAUUGUCGGGAAAAUACUGAUAAAUUGUACUUGGAAGAAGAUUUUAAAUCCAAAACGGAAGUUUACGAAUUGUAUAAAGAGAAGUGCAUAGCAGAUUCAGUUACACCAUUAUCCAUGUUCUCGUUUUCAAGGGAAAUGGACGCCAACAAUAUAGGGUUAUUUAAGCGACGCAAAGAUCAAGAUGUGCAGGCUGUGAAGUUGUGCCCAAAACUAGAAGUUAGCACUGCUUAUUACAAAACCAAAUUGCAAGUGCACAACUUUACUAUGUACAAUUUGAAAACACAUCAAAGUAAAAACUUUAUGUGGAACGAGUCUGAAGGCGAACUAUGUUCCUCAGUUUUUGCAACUUGCAUAGUUAAACAUUUAGAAUCGUUUUUAAAUAUUAAAGUUAAGCCUGUUGUUUUAUGGUCAGACAGCUGUGGAUACCAGAAUAAAAAUAACAUUCUGUCAAAUGCUUUGUCUCUGCUAGCUACAAAAUACAGCGUAACUGUCGAGCAAAAAUAUCUUGAGAAGGGUCACACUCAAAUGGAGUGUGACUCUACUCAUAGUCUUAUCGAGAGGCGCCUUAAAGGAAAAGACAUGUAUUUACCUACUGAUUACAUAAACAUUAUUAAAGAUGCAAGGAAAAAUCCAUUUCCAUUAGAUGUAGAAUAUUUAAAUCAUACGUAUUUCCUAAACUUCGAAGAUAUAAACUGCAAGAGAUACAAUUCCAUCCGCCCUGGAAGUAAGAAAAAUGACUUGAAAGUCAAUAAUUUAAGAUGCCUAAAAUAUGAAGCUAAUGGAGAAAUAUUUUAUAAGUGCAAAUUCGCAGAUAAUUACGAGCUAUUACCUCAGCGGCAAAAAGCAGUUGAUAUCAAUUAUGUACCUAAACCCCUGUACCAAGAAAGGCUCAAAAUUAAAAAAGUAAAAUGGACUCACUUGCAGGAGUUUAAAAGUGUAUUGCCUAAAGAUGUACAUUUUUUUUAUGAUGCCCUACAAUAUGAAGAAAAAGGGAAAGUGAAAGAAUGUGGAAAACCAAAAACCGUCGAAGAAGAUCCAGAUGAAAUAUCUGACAGCGAGAAGCCCAAAGUAGAACGCAGCAUUGGCAAAAAGCCAACUACAAAAUCUGAAAAAGCUGCUAACAAUAUUAAAAUGAACCAGGUAGCGAAGGUUAAACUUAAUUAUAAAAUAAAACAAAAUCAAAAGUCGGGAAAAGAGAAUAAAAAGAAACCUGAGGAAUGCAGAAAGUCUGAUAGAACCAAGAAAUAA